AUGGCAACCGAGCGAUCGAGCUCAAUCAUCUUCCUUUCCAUUCUUGUACUUGCUUUCGUCUUCUCUCCGACCCUUCCAUGUCAAGCAGCUCGAGUGCAUGGGCGUAUGCUGCGGAGAGAAUGGGCAUCAGCUCGCGUUUGCCCGGCUUGUGUAUGUUGUGCACCGGCUCCAAAAGGUCGUUGCUGCCCAUGCCGAUGCACCAAGAAACCCAAAAGGGUGCAGCUUUGA